AUGUUACGAAUAAGAACUCAACACCCAAUAAUCUCUAUUGUGAAUGGGGUUCUGGUUGAUCUACCAGCUCCUUCUAAUAUUAGUUAUUACUGGAAUUUUGGUUCUUUGUUAGGACUUUGUUUAACUAUUCAAUUGAUUACCGGAAUAUUUUUAGCUAUGCAUUAUUGUUCUGACGUUAGUUUAGCUUUUGACUCAAUUUCCCAUAUUUUAAGAGACGUUAAUUAUGGUUUUAUGUUAAAGUAUAUUCAUGCUAAUGGAGCUUCAUUAUUUUUUCUCUGUGUUUAUAUCCAUAUGGGCAGGGGACUCUAUUAUGGGAGCUACAUGAAAAUGGACGUUUGGAAUAUAGGGGUUAUAAUUUACUUAGUAAUGAUGUUAACAGCCUUCUUAGGGUAUGUAUUACCUUGGGGCCAAAUGUCCUUUUGGGGAGCAACAGUUAUUACUAACUUUUGUUCUGCUAUACCUUAUAUAGGAACAGAUAUUGUUCAGUGGAUUUGGGGGGGAUUUAGUGUAUCUAACGCGACUCUUAAUCGGUUUUUUUCUCUACAUUAUCUUUUUCCUUUUCUUAUAGUUGGAUUAGGCAUAUUACAUAUUCUUAGUUUACACACAGCCGGGUCAAAUAAUCCUUUAGGUAUUGACUCUAAUAUAGACAAAGUUACCUUUCAUGUUUAUUAUACUUAUAAGGACUUGUUUGGUAUAAUGGUACUUAGCACUAUUUUAAUUAUACUUUGUUAUUUUAUGCCUAAUGUAUUAGGUGAUCCUGAAAAUUUCAUCCAAGCCAAUCCUUUAGUAACUCCUGUUCAUAUCCAACCAGAAUGGUACUUCUUAUUUGCAUACGCUAUAUUACGCUCUAUACCCAACAAACUUGGGGGGGUCUUGGCUAUGGUAUUUAGUAUCUUGGUGUUAUUAUUAUUGCCCCUUAUUCAUACUAGUAAAUUGAGAGCUUUAACGUUUAGGCCUUUAGGUAAAAUAGCAUUUUGGUUUUUAGUGGCUGAUUUUAUACUAUUAACCUGGUUGGGGGCCAAUCCAGUAGAGGAGCCUUAUGUUAUGGUUGGUCAAUUUGCUUCUAUAUUUUACUUUACCUACUUUUUAUUGUUAAUCCCCCUGUUAGGUUGGGUAGAAAAUUAUUUACUGAAAUAG